AUGCACACUGCCCCCAAAGUCCCCUCCAUUUCCGCCCUCCUCCUCCUCCCCCUCCUUCUCCUCCUCUUCGUACAAACGGCCACAGCCCGUCCACAGCUCAUAGUACCCGGCAUCCAGGACGACCCCCCGAGCAGGGCGCCAAAGUGCAAGGCGAUGGAGGCGGCAAUGAGUGACUGCUUCAAGGGCACGCCGUACCUGAUGAACGAUCUGGAGGUUGAUGAGGGCAGGAUGAGGGAGUGUGUCUGUGCGAAGGAGAGCUUCACGCCGGGGAUUGUUACUAUGUGUACGGGGGAUCCGAAUACUUAUGAGGAGUUGUGCGGGGAGGGGGCGUAA